UGCCGUGUUUAGCGCGUGCUUCGCGAAAUGAUCGCGAGGUGGAGGCGCAGUCGGGCCAAGAUGGCCACGCUGGAUCAAUGAAACUGUAAAUGGACCAUGGGGAAGGAUCAGGAGCUGCUAGAGGCAGCGAGAAGCGGAAAUGUCACCGUGGUCGAGAAGAUUUUGGGUCAACGAGCGAAGAGGAGUGGUCCACUGGCAAGGUGGGUGUCACCCUUACGGCGGGGUCCGGGGGCUAACGUGCAGGAUGCUAGUGGAUAUUCUGCCCUUCAUCACGCAGCUUUGAACGGUCACAAGGAGGUGGUAAAGUUAUUGCUCCAAUAUGAGGCUUCCACUAACGUCGUCGACGCUAAAGGCUCUUCGCCGCUUCAUUUGGCAGCUUGGGCGGGCAACGCUGAAAUCGUGCGGUUAAUUCUUACCCAAGGACCUUCGGUACCUAAAGUGAAUCUUACGACGAAGGACAACGAAACAGCGUUGCACUGUGCAGCACAAUAUGGGCACACGGAAGUGGUGGCACAGCUGUUGCAGUACGGAUGCGACCCCAGCAUCCGCAACAGCCGGGGAGAAUCUGCGCUCGAUCUCGCCGCGCAAUAUGGCAGAUUGGAAACCGUGCAAUUACUCGUUAGUACGUAUCCAGAGCUGAUCGUGCCCCUGCGAAAUUCCUCCUCGUCGGUGAUUUUCCCUCAUACUCCGCUGCAUUUGGCCUCGCGAAACGGUCACAGAGCUGUCGUCGAGGUAUUGCUAGCAGCGGGUGUAGACGUGAACACGAGGACGUCUGCUGGGACGGCGAUGCACGAGGCGGCUCUAUGCGGCAAAAUGGAAGUGGUGCGAGCUCUUUUGGACCGUGGGGUCGAUCUUGGUAUCCGGGACUCGCGACAGAACACGGUGCUCGAUCUUCUAGGACAGUUCCCGCCGCACGUCACUCAGGACAUUACCGCGGUGAUAAAAAGGCAUAGGUCUUCCUCUGGGGUGGAGAGCGACGCCGACAGUGAAAACUUGCCACCUAUUCCGGUGCAGGGAGGCGAUUCAUUGGGCAGCCCUUACGAAAACGUUCGCCCGGGGGAUGAUCUCUCUCCGGCGGAAGGGACGUCACCCACUCAAUGGCAGUUCUAUCAUAAGCCUCGAGACGACGAUCGCCGUGUUUCCGGCACUUCCGUUAUGUCUUUUGAAGACGAACGGAACGGGGGACCAGUGAACGGAGUACGGAGGACUCUCCAGCAGACAGAGGACUCCGACCCCAGUUCCCUCUUCGACAGCGUCUUUAUGUCCAUGUCCGACACUCUGAACUCGAUAAAUACUUUCGAAAGUUCCGAUCAAACUCCCGACGACAAACCACAAAACACUACCACCAACAGAAUACCAUUAGCACAACGCGACACGACACGGGGUUCCGACAGCGGACUGUACCAAACGCCACCGGUACCCCGAGGAACAAUGGAGGGUAGCUUCGUGUCGGAGGAUCUGUCCUUGACAUUACCCACGGGAUACGGGGGUGGCAGGGAGUCGGACCAAUUGAGCGUUUCCUCGUCCUCGAGCGUCGGUGGACCGAGCCCUCGGGACCGGCGUUGUUUGCCCAACGAUUCCAGCGCCGCCGGGAUAUACUUGCCAAUGGCACCCUUGUCCAGUUCUCUUCAUAGCCCUGCCUCCAACAGUAAAGUCUCGCCAACGCCGCCGAAAAAGCCGCCCAGACGCAACCUGUCCGUCUCGCCGACGCACCUGCAGACCCAGAUGUCCUUGUCGGCCGAUUGCACCCUGGGUCCGAGCAACUACGAGUACUUGUUCAUGGCACGGAGCGGAGCACGCAGUCACAUCGAUCUGGAGCAACUGCAAAAACGUCGGGAACAAUUGCGUCACGUAACGAGAAGCGUGGACCAAUACGUGGAGAUGAAGUCGCGCGUGCCGGAUGGGGAGGAGAGACGGGACGCGAACGUGGAACCUGUUGCCAUUACCUCGAUCUACGAGAACAGAACGAUCAAAACGUUGAAUCCUAGACGAAAGUUACGGAGGCACGCGUUCGACAACUACGAGGCUGAGAGCAGCCCUUGCGCGGACAAGUCGCCCUGCAGCGAGACGGAUAUGUUCGCCCAGGAACAGACGUUCGUUUCGAACGCCUUCCUUACGCUCAAGUCUUCCCAGGAGAGUCUGUUAGACGAGAAACGCGACACCGUUGACGAGCAAUCGGUCCCAGAGGGACGCGAGGCGACCGACAAGCGCCUGAAACGAGUACAAAUGAUGUUACCCACCAGUCCCACGCAUUACGCUCAACCACCCACGCCUGAUCACCCUCCGCCGUCCGCCAUGCAGGCGGAGAAGUCUAUCCACGAACGGAUUCGUCCGUUGAGCCAGGUAUACAAGCGGAGGUCCCGCGACAUGGAAACGGAAACCGACGAGGAUUUAUUGCAGUUUCCGGCCGGUGGUUCCCUGGACGCGUCCAGCGGAUCGUUAUCGAGCGUGUCUCUGUCCGACAAGAGCAUGUCGACGGACAACGUCGAGGAAUACUUCGGGGAUAUGCCGUUCGCAGGUUUGUUGAAAGGAUCAGUGACAGCGGAGCGACCACGCACGUUACGUCGCUUGCGGAACGUCUACGGGCCAGCCGCAUGCGGAAUGGGAUCCGGCGGCGAGGGUGGAGGCGGAGAACGUCUCGAGGACGGUGAAGUCCCGUUCCGGCUGUCGGAUCGCGACCGCGAAAGGGACGAGAAAUCCCUUAGCAUAAUGAGCCCCUUCGACGAACAAGAAGAAUGGGCGAAGAUCUCCGAGAUCAUGGCGUCGUUCGGCACCGGUCUCGUCAGGGAAUCCGUGUUCGUCACUGAACUCGAGAAAGAGUUCCAGACGAGACUAGGUCUGAGUUCAGACACCAGCAGCAGCCCCAUUGUCUCUACUUCCGUUGGUCAGUGGUUGUCAACGUUGGGCCUGGCUGAUUACGAGACUCUGUUCAUCAACUACGGUUUCGAUGAUCUCGACUUUAUAAAUGGAGUUCUGGACGAGGCAGACUUGAAAGACAUGGGGAUCAGCAGCGAUCAGGAGCGAGCGGUGAUAAUGGACGCGGCUGGUUUGCUGAACAAACGCGUGGAUAAACGUUCGGGCGGUAACAGUCAGUCGGUGGACGAAUGGUUGAAGACCAUUCACCUGGAGAAUUACGCGGAAACGUUCAAGAAGCACCUGUACACGGAUAUGGAUCGAGUGAGACGGGUGUGGGAGGUGGAAUUAGCUGCCGUGUUGGAGAUCCAAAAGCCAGCGCACCGUAAGAGGAUCCUGGCGUCGGUCAGCGGAUCUAGUGCGCGUGCGCAGAAUCGAAAUUCUUCCGGGCCUAACCUGGAGGACCUGAAUAAGGAUCUGAACACCUUGAAGACGAACAUACAGCAGCUAAAGGAGGAGAUACGGGAAAAACUACCGGAAACAACGACGGAGGGUAAUGGCGGUACGUCGAUAGCCGGAACGAAUUCGACUACCACGGGUACGUUAAGGCACCGUAAAAACAGGCCAGCCCCUCAGCCACCCCAACGACCCAGUUCGCAUAAUGGGGCGAUCUCGGCACCAGAACAACUCGAGAUCAGGGCACCGUCGGAAUUGUUGCUCGGCGUGCCAUCCACCCUCAAGACGCAAUGGAGGCACCAGCCAAAAGCUCUAGUCACAGGCUGCGUCACGUACGUUGCUAAUUAUUUGGGCUCCACUGUUGUGAAGGAGUUGCGUGGCACCGAAUCGACCAAGAAGUCUAUACAGAAGCUGAAGAAAACGUGCCGUGAACCGAGAGUCACUCCCGAUAUCACCCUGGCGAUUUCUUAUCGCGGUGUUCGUUUUCUCAACACAGUGACCAACGAGCCGAUUUGCGAGCACGAAAUUCGCAACAUUCACUGCGCCUGUCAGGAUGCCGACGAUCUCACCCAUUUCGCGUACAUCACCAAGGAUCACGCCAGUCGUACGCAUUUUUGCCACGUCUUUUGCGUGCCAACAAUGGACCAAGCAACGGAAGUGAUCCUAACUCUAGGCCAGGCGUUCGAAGUGGCCUACCAAAUGGCAUUAAGGGACAAGCUAGGUGGUCACACGGUUCGUUCUCAGUCCGCCAACCAAUUGACAACGUUAUCGAAGUCUCCAGCGUCCAUCAAGAUGUCCAUCUCACCAGAUUCCACUCCGGACGGCAACCUGAUCGAUCAGCCUGCAGCGGUCGUAACGAACGCAAACUUGACGUGUCCCAAUCCAAAGUUAAAACCACGCUCCAAGUCGUCCAUUCCCAAUCCGAUCGUUCAAUCCGUGGUUCCUAGUCUCGCCCAUGACGUGAACUCGAAUUCGAGUUCCGGAUCGAGCGCCAUCGCAAACUGCACCUCCAGUUCGAACCCCGCCACCAGCCCCAGCACUAAUUCCGUCAGUAGCUCGAAUUCUAACACCAGCACCAAUCAAACCGCCAAACCUCUGGUUACCCAUGGAAGAUCCCAUUCGGUGAACGACAUCAAAAUAAAUGGUAACCAGUUAAAACUGGCGCCGACACCUAUCGACGAUAUCGGAAUAGGCGUGAAGGACAUGAAGCCCGGUUCCAGAGCACCCAUCGCCCUAUCCGAGGAACUCUAGAGUCUGGGGUUCUUGUCUGACAUUUGUUCGGGUAUUUGGGACUUUUUGGAUUGCAGGAACCCCUGAAGACUCUACUUUUCGCAUCGCGUACACGCGAUCGUCGUCGACGAUCGUUUUAAUUCGCGAUUAAACUUUGUUUUCGGAUAAAUUGUCGUAUGACCGACGUCUGGAAAUAUGCAGCGAUAGAUGGUUAACGUAUUUCCAUGAAAUUUGUACGACUAACCCGGAAGAAUAUUUUGUAAAUUGACACUAUAGGCUUGGGGUGUCGAGUAAGACUCGAACUUGGAUGUUGGUUCUCGGUCAGGAUUAAUCUCCGUGAAAAUUAUACAACACAGGGGACAUCGAUUGGGCGUCCGUGUUUUUUUAUCUUUCGAAUUUUUCUAGUAGCCUUACACGUUUCUACGAUUACUUAUUUCCGUGUCGCCGAAGGAAGUUGGCCGACCGUGUUCGGGUAAGUAAGAACCAGCGAAUUUCGUAUUUUUUUGCCAAACUACGCACCUCCGGAACCGCGUUCGACCCUGAAACGAUGACACUGUGAUUUUCUACGUCGAGGGCAUUAAAAGGACCGAGAAGACCCGUCUGGAGGGCAACCGUCUGCUCAUCUUUUACACAUUUCACGCGCUCGUGCAACGAGUAUCUUUCACCAAUGACAAAUCGUGGGAGACUAAAAACCUAAACGGUUGUACGAGGCGCGACUAUCGCGAACAGUAUUAUUCGAGUAACAUAGUGUUCUUCGACAUCACGUAUGUAGAUAUUUUCUAGGUUUAACGCACGACGACAUUUCGUCGCUGACUAACAUCGACGUAACGUAACUAACAAAGAAAAGGAAAAUUUCGAAAAAAGAAUUCAAGAUCUUCGUGCACAAAAAUGGCAUUUAAAAACACGCAUAUACAUUCCCGUGGCAAAAAAAAGAUGCAGGCGAGUUUAACGAAUUCGCGAAUGCUCAAUUUUCAUCCCGUGCAAUCAAUCGAUGACGACCGAUGAGACUGAAAUAAAUUUUCUCUUCGAACUCGUGGAUCGCUUUUCAAUAAGAUACGAUCUACGAGUCGCAAUCGUUUCUGUCGACGUUCUCAUCACCCAAGACUGACAGUCCUUAUCUCCUUUUGUAUUUCACGUUUAAGCGUUUGCGUAUACACGCACACUCGUAUUAUAGUCAGAAAAAAAGAAAAGAAGAAAAAUAACGAACGAAGAUAUCGAACGAUGCUCCGUGUAAUUAGCGUAUUCGUGGAGCGUGGUAAUUCGACGAACCUCGCGAUUAGAAAAACGAAGUUAUACUACGAAAACGGUACCAAAUACCUAUCUAACGUAUAUUUUGAAUGUUUCACGAAAUUAGAACGCGAUUCGAUUUCCAAGUUGCUAAGUAAGAACGAGCCAAGGUAGUUUUCUUCGAGCACAGCUGUUUCGAUUGAAUUUCAAGCUGUGUCACAGUAGCCAUUGUAUCGUUGACACAACGCGUAGCUCCGUUCUAACAUGGAGCAGGCCUAACGAUCGUCUAGUAAUUAGAUUCUAAUUGUUAACGAAUCUUAGAUAUAGCAGGGAUCGCUUGAUCGCCCCCGUUCACCAUUCACGUCUCUUUAAAACGACGAAGAAGAAGAUUAGAGCGUGACUCUAGAACCUCGUACACUAGAUUGUGAAUACGAACACGAUAGUCGAAACCAAAGAUUGCACGUAUGUAUGUAUGUAUGUUAUAAGCACGAUAUUAAUGAAGAAUGUCGGAAGAAAGAGGAGAGUCAGGUGGAUAGUGUCCAUCAUGGUGAUACGGGGAGCUGAAGAGAUGCAGACGAAUGGAACACGAGAAACUGCCAAACAACACUCCAUCAUUAAACCGUGGCUAUACGCACACUUUGUAUUUAUCACGUUUACAAUAGUAUAUAGUUCUAUAGGUAUACACUAUUGCAGGAUUAUGUGUUAAGGUGUAACGGAAGGCGAACGAGGUCCACAGAGGACGGGAGGACAAUGUGAUUUCACGGUGUGUAAUCAAAUAUGUACAAUCGCGGGUAUAGAUGACUUCUCUUGAUUAGGGGAAGUAGCGGGGGUGAUAAAUAGAGUAGCGAUGAUCGAAACGUGAGUGAUGGGGAGGGUAGGGUUUAUGCUCAAGUUCAGGACCUAACACAGACCUUGGCCAAGUUUCGAACGCAAUUUACAGCUAAUCCAGAGUUAAGUCAAGCCUUCCCAACACUUCAGUUUCGGAGCUAACUUAUUCAGAUCAAACCAAUGUUUUCCUUCACGCUUGAAGUUUCUAUCGUGGGGACAAAUCGUGAUUCUCUGCUACGUUCAUUCGUCUGAAUAGAAAGGAGCCAUUUAUGCCCGCGACUGUACUUUCCUCGGAUUUUCGUAUACUCGCAAUAGCGCAGCUAUCUUAGAAAUCGUAGUUCGAAGUAGAAUGCUUCCUCGAUGUGUGUCGGCAAAUACGAGUGAGGGAAAUUAAAGAAGCUCGUUGGCGGCUGGUAUGGUCGAAGGGGGACACGUGUAACCGAUUAGAAAAGGUCGCACGUGUUGGCUCCAUGGCACUGACGCCUUGAAUGGUCGCGUUGUUCGAUAGAAAUCAAUAGACGAGUCGAUCGAACGUUUGCUCUAUCGUACGUGACACGAUCGAACGAGAUCAUUUUACUAGAUGGAAAAUGUAUCGACGCGAAGCUAUUGAUUUGAAAGAGUCAGAACGAAAGGAUUUGCUAGAGUGCCGGGGAGAAAUCGUGAUUGAUCGCUAGUCCACGAAAACGUAGUACUACGUGUCGCGAGUGCAAUAUUAGUAAAAUGAUUAUUCGACGCUCUUGUAGUACGUAAUUGCAUCGUCCAUUGAUAGAACGUAUCUUGUUUGACCAAUAUCUUACGGAUACAACGUAGUACUACGUGUUUCGCGAUUUUCUAUAGAAAACGUCUUCGUUUUAGAGACGAUAGCAAAAGUUUACCGAAUGCUUUUUCAUAGAAUUGUAUUUCCAUAAGGUUUCUCUUCCUUUUUUUAAAUGAAAAUUAUACGGGGUGAUUCGUGUAAAUGAAAUUUCAAAGUCAAAGAUAAAACUCAGAAGAGAAAUGCUCAAAUUUUCAAUACUCUGACAAAAUGCAAUCGAGUUAUUAUUUUAUUACGCGCAUUUUUCGUGUACAGACGGUACAGAAGGUAGGAGGAAAAAUCGUGCGAAUUCUAGACGUUUAACCUCGCAUAGGAUCACUCGGUGUAUUUUUUCGUAUUUAUCGAUUAAAAAUUCGUUGCUCGCUCGAGCAGACGACUCGCGACUCGGAACAACAAGCAUUUCGUCCAUCAACGAACAAUAGAGUUGCAGCCGAUGCAAUCUGAAAUGUGCCAACAAUGGAGCCCCGUUUUAUACUCUACGAUACGCUCGUUCGAUCCGAUUUCAGGAUCCGCAGGUUAGCUCGUCGAAGCAUUAAUCCGACUGUAGGUGUACAUACAUCGAAAUCUACAUGCAACUAUUUGGUAGCUUAUACAUCCUGUUUCGGCGUGUUAUCUAUUCUCCUCUUUUGCUGAUUACACCAACUGGUCUCGCACGGACAAAUUUAUUUAUUUCAUUUACGCGCUAACACGUCGUUCUCCAGCGAAACAAACGAAUAUCUCUCUAUAUGCAUAGCAUUAAAGUUAAGUAAUUUAUAUAAACAUUAUCCAGAAGAACGAGUAAACGUUAGUUGUACACGUUAGACGAUAUAGAUCGCAAUUCGAAUGGUAUCGCGAUGCUUUAUCGCGCGAAAAGUAACUCAUUCACGGACCAAGAGAAGAUGAAGCAUGAAACUAGAAGGAAAAGGAGGCGACGAAUAGAUAAUUAGAGUUCCGACGAGAAAAUGAAAGAAACGUUCAGGUGUGUAUCGUUGAGCGAAUUAACGCUCGACGCGAUUAGUUCCUCGCAUGAAAAACGAGGUAACACCGAUUAACGAUUCGUCGUGUCGAUAUAUCGAAUACAAGUUUCGAUAGUAGAUGUACAUAGGUGUACGGUAAUAUUUUAGGCUGUUCUACUGCAAUCACCGUGAAUCAGUUCAUUGCAACGAUACCAAAGAUGCAGUCGAAGCAACUUCCUAAUUGUACAUUAGACGGCUAUGUGUGAUUAAACUGAUAUGCUGAUCGUAUUACUGUGGAUUUUCUGUUCUUAUUAAAUUUGAUAAAUCACCUACGCCUUGGGAUCCUUCGUGAUAUCGUGAACUCGAUUUACUUCGUGGUUUUUAUACUGUUCGAGAUUCUUGGAUGGAAUUUGCUGUACAAUGAUUCGAGUUCCUUUUUCUACGUAUGCAUAAUAUACUGUUUACUAUUGAUAUUAAUAUACUACACGUACAUUUAGAUAUUAGGUGGUUAAGUUGUGAGAGAUUUUAUUAUACAACAGAAGGGUUAAUGAUAAGAUCGAUUAAUUUUUCAAUUUUUAACUUUGCAUCACAGAUAAUAUACUCAAGGCACAGCUAGAAUAAUUAUACUUUUACUGUUAUUUAUAUUCGUCAUUGCAAUAUACAAGGUUUUCAGUGAAAUAUUCAACAAACUUAGCCAACGUGUUCAGCAGGUCAUUUUCAAUAUCACCAGACUUUGUAUAUUCAACAUUUGUGCUAUUAGUUAAUUGUAAGAACGAUAAUAUCACAACGAAGCGUUUAACAUCGAUUUUUAACAGCACCGAUUUUAAUCUACAUCCUCAGACCUCGAACAGUAGGUAUACAAAAUUAUCCGCAAUAAUAUCAUAAUAAAUUUGUUCGUACAACUUGAUACUACGUAAUAUACAGGUUUUUCGUUCACCUGGCACGGAAAUUCGCGCGAUUCAGUGAAAUCGCGUUCGUUCUGAUUACGCGACCGCUUCGCCGGGAAACGCGAUGUCAUUAACGCGACGCUUAUCUCAAAUCGCAUCAAUUUGCGAGGUGAAUUCGCGCGAUCGUUUCGUCGCUUCCGCUCAGAGGCUUUCGACGUUUCGAACCGCGUCGUGAGAAAAACGCGUGUCUCGUUAGCAUCCUCGCAUUAAUUAUGCGAACGUCGUGUCUCGAAAUUAUAUACGCCAUGUUACAUAUUUUAUUAGUUCGUAGACUUCGAUACGGUUUAACUAGCAAUUUGUAAUUAGGUGCUUCCAAAUAUCGUUCACCACUAUACUAUUACCAUAUUACAAGAUUCCUUUUUGGAAAUUUUUAACAUUAAAUGCAAUUAAUUAUGCAGUAUAGGGUCUACCUCACACUGAUUUCAAUGAUCAAAAAUGCAUUUCUGAACUGAUCCAUGGUGGUAGCGUUUUCUAUCCUUCGCGUAAUUCUCGUAUAGUGAAUUGAAGCACUAUUAUUUAAUAUUUUCUAAAAAAGAAAAUAUUCAAUCUCCAAGUUUCAUAUUUGCAACCUUUUCAAUUCACUCUUCGUUCGAAUCGCAAGAUUUGUCGCUAAACGCUUCAAUAAUCUCCUAAAUAUCUUUGAUCUUUAAUGUAACAUUGUAACAAUAAAUAGAUUAUCCAUUGAUGGACCAUCAAACGAUGAUCAUUAACUCUCGAAAGAUGAAGAAUGAAAUCCAUGAACUAUGCAUGUUCAAAACAGCGAUCUAGGCAAUGAAUGCCUGGAAACAAUCAUUCGAAUCAUCGAAAGAAAAAGACCUUCUGUCGCGUGCUGAUGUAGACGUGUACAUAGCUGGCUAUCGGAUGUGUAAGAUAUAGAUUAGUGAAUAUAAUUUUGAUGAUCGUCUAUUAAUAGAGAUGGGAAACGAAAGGUUGACUUUUGGAGCACUUGGCUUUUCGAUGUUUCUCCUAGUCGUUGCAAAUAUUUCUCUAAUCAUAGUUAGUGUUCUCGAAAAGUUCGACUAUCAUCUUGUGCAAAAAAUAACGAAACAUUGAUCGUCUUGUCGAUUUGGAAAUCGUGAAAACGCUGUUAGAGAUACAGGUGGUAGACGUCGUAAAUGAAAUUCCAAAGGAUAACUAUUACAGUUUAUAAUGGACUUAAUUUCCAAUUACGAAUCGACACGAUUGUCAAUAAAUUGUUGAUCGAGCAGAGAUUGUAGAUAUUGUGAAAGAAACACUUCGAACUCCAAAGGAUACGUAGAAGCUUUUUUUUUUUUCAAACUUCUUUUCGUUCGAAUUUAGAUAGGAACUCGAGCUGUCACUCCACUUUUUCGUGAUAUUAUGUUGAAAAGAUAUUCCUACGAGUAAAUAUCUAACGAAUUUAUUUUAAUAGAAGGAUAAGCAUGAAUUAAGAAUUGAUAUACGCGUGGCACUGUUUCCCUAUUACCUCACGAAUCGAUUGUAAACGAUUGUCCUCGCUACUUUGUAAACUGUGCUCUAACUUUUGCUGUAAUUAUCGACACUGACAAAUCUAGAGUCUCUAUUUCUUGAUCUGUUAACUGGGAAAAACGAAUGAACCCUUCGUUGCUCGUAAUUCUAUUUAUAAUUACAAUGUUUUAUUACAUUCACAGAUAAUUCGGUUUUGACCAAAAUAACGUGACCCAGUUAACGGAUUAACACCUCUGAAUUUCGCUAAUCGAUAUCUGUUCCCGUGUAACGUUUACUAUAAUAUAAUCACACGACGUUGUACAUCAGGCAAUUCUAUUUAAAUAUCAUCGACCCAUGUAUUUUUCGCGACAGUCGUUUCCGAUUGUUCAACCCAGAGAGGAAGAAUCUAUUGAUCUAUCGAAUCGAUCGAUUCUUUCUAUCUGUACACACGCUCCAUGGCUGUUUUAACCCAUUAAUUUCCAGAGGUAGAAAAUAUAUUAUUUUCAAGAUGAUACAUUCUGUUAGAAACCAUGAUACUACAUUUGCUGCUGCUCACUCGAUAUCGCGUGCUUCAUCCUCAACCCUUAAACGUAGCGGUACACAGCGAGCAAUUGCUUCUUGGUUCCAGCAGCGAAUGUGUUAAGGCAAAUAAGUACAUAUUUAUUAUGUAAUAAUAAUAAUAAAUAAUAUAUAUAUUGAAAAAAAAAGAAAAAUUUGUAGCAAUAAAUGGCACAGCAAAAUAUUGUGUAUAUGCGACUUUGGGUAUUAAUGGGUUAAAAAUAAUUCAACCAUUGUUCAUUAUAACUUUCUUCGCGUUACUGUGUUCUAGAAAAAGAGAGAAAUAAGAAAAAUAUGAAAGAGCGCUUAAUCGUCGUGCAAUUCGAAGGGUGACUGGUAGUGAUAGUAAAUGAUACAAAUGUAUUCGCUGGUGAAUCAUGGCAUCGCGAAACUGUUCAUCGUCGUCGAUGUUAUUCGCUUCGAAUGAAAAAUAAAUGGGGAAAUUUAUUACUCGGAAGUUCGAAUACAUCGACGAUGAGAGGAUAGGAUUUCGUGAAGCACGGAGACUGUGCAAAAGAACGUACAAAUUGAAAUGGAGAAGAAGGGUAGAGGUGAAUGAUGAGUGUCUUUUGAAAUCAAAAGAUUAUGCGUAACGAAGCUAUUGCCGAGAAUGCCGUAUAUAAACGUGCUAUUUUGUACCGAGCAGCCUGAUUAGACGCAGACUUCCUACGUUCUUGGACACAUGAUAUUUAUUAUUGUUCAUGUUUAUUAGAAUGAUAUAUAUAUAUAUGAGAAAGAGAUCAUUCCCUGGAUAUCUAUAAACGCCUUGAAAGGAAUAAAACGGAUGAUUUACGGGA